AUGGAGGAGAGUGAAUGUGACACAGAGCACGGAGACACAGAGCUCAUACCUAAAAGAGGGGCUACUUCGGUUGCGUGGACGUGGUUUGGACCCGUCCUCAGUGUUCUGGCUGACAGUGAUGAGGAGUCCUCCAGCGCCGGCUCUUCUGACGAGGAGGAAGUACUGCUCUCAGAGCCCCAAGUCAUUGUGGGAGAAAAGGGGACUCUACCUGGUCCUGAAGGGGUUUCUGCUGGUGGCGGGAAGACAGGCAGGCGGAUUUUGAGAUUUGUCAACAAAAUUGCAAAGUCUAAGUACUUCCAGAAGGCGACAGAGAAUGAGUACAUCAAAAAGAAGAUUGAGGAGAUGUCCAACAUGCCCCUGCUGCUGGCAGUGGAGGUUCAGGAGCUUUCUGGAACACUGGCUGUCAACAUCCCUCCUCCCCCUACUGAUAGAGAUAUGGUACAGUUUCUGUGUACCUCCCAAGAUGGACCUGCGUGUCGACCCAAGUUGGGGGAGAGGGAGGUCACCUUCUGUCACGUGAGUGAGUGGAUUGAGAAGAAGCUGCAGGAUGAGUUCCAGAAAGUGUUUGUGCUGCCCAACAUGGAUGACAUCUACCUGCCUCUGAUGCAUUCUGGGAUGGACGGUCCUCCAGUGGCCCAGCAGCCCCAGCAGUGUCCGUCCCAGUCAUCAGACCACUCCUCCAUGGAGUCGAUUGAGAGGAUCUCCCAGGACAAUACUACUACAGAGUUGGACUAGUGCCUCCCUGUGGCCCAAUGACGCUAUGACACCCUUGAAGUUCUCAUAGCACUACAAGUAGAUAUGUCACCAAAUGUAGUGGGAUACUUUAUAUUACAGAACUUCAACCGAAGUCAUACCUUUGGUCAAUGUUUACAUGUGAGGAACAGUAAUGAGGUGUGAGUUUCCUUGCUGUUUUAAUUGUUUACAGGUCAAUGUCCUUUUGAGCAGACAGU